GAGCUUCCGGCGCCGUCCGCGCGGGAAAGCGGCGGUUGCCAUGGGAACGGCCCGCGCGCCAGGCCCGGCCGGAGCAGAGGGGGCGCUGAGGCCCAGUAUCACCAGUGUCACCAGUGUCACCGCCGCCUCCCACCCCCAGCAGAUUCGGGUUUUUGCCGGAAUUUUGCCCUCGCUCCUUUCCCUCCGUUUUGCUUCUUGCUGUGGCCUUAUGGAGCUAAGGCUGGGGUGUGUUUGGAUAGGGAAGAACACUCUCGUUACCCGGGAAAACCCUCAAUCAACCAUCAGCAGCAUUUCCAAGGGGGCUGUGACCUUUACAACUGUCUGAAUUUGCUCCCAUUUCGCUCGUCCCUGAGCAGCUCCUGCCUUUACUCGCAGCGCCGGCAACUCAUUUCGGUGCGUGUCCCGUGGUGGCAGCCCUCACAACACCCGUGUGCUGCUUUGUCACCACGCCUUGGCACAGCUUCUCGUGGCUGAAGACUGCCUCAGAGGGAUCUCGGCGGGUAAGGUGAUGGAGACCCCAGAAAAGCGCAGUUAAUACGUGGGAGACACCAAAGAUCCCAUCCGAAACCAGAGGCUGUUGCUGGAUCUCACCUACUGAGCGCAGGCUGUAGCAAACAGGCGAGAGAAAACGUAGCUCCUGCGUGCUCCAGGGAUUUAAAAAGACUCACCCGUGUGCCUCAGAAUGGAUGCAGUAGAAAAGAAAGUCCGUACGUUUGUGCGAGUCAAACCAACGGCCGAUUUAGCUCAGGAUAUGAUCAAGUUUGGGCCAGACAACAAGAGCAUAGAUAUAUACAUCAAAAAAGACGCCAGGAAAGGAGUUGUGAAUAACAGACAGACUGACUGGUCCUUCAGACUGGACGGGGUCCUUCACAACACCUCCCAGGAGCUGGCGUAUGAGACCGUAGCCAAGAAAUUGGUGUCUGAUGCCCUGGUUGGCUAUAAUGGCACGAUAAUGUGCUAUGGGCAAACAGGGGCCGGUAAAACGUACACGAUGACGGGAGCAACUGCCGAGUACAAGCAUCGAGGGAUCAUACCGCGAGCUAUACAGCAGGUCUUCAAAGCGAUUGCGCGCUCCGUUGAUUCCUUCAUCACCGUCCGGAUCUCCUACCUGGAGAUCUACAACGAGACCUUGUUCGACCUGCUGUCCACCACGACAAGCAGUGGGACCGGAGACGUGCAGAUGGCUGUAGUGGACUGCCCACGGGGUGUUUACGUGAAGGGCUUAUCUGUACAUUCUGUCAGCCACGAGGAGGAUGCUCUCAAUCUCCUUUUUGAGGGUGAGACCAACAGAGUAAUAGCAGAACACUCAUUGAAUAAAAAUUCAUCCAGAUCCCAUUGCAUCUUUACUAUCUACAUUGAGUCUCGUUGCAGAGUUUUCUCAGACGUCAGAUGCAUUAAUUCUAAGAUCAACCUAAUAGAUCUGGCAGGCUCAGAGAGACUGAGCAAGACCGGAUCUGAAGGGCAGGUUCUGAAGGAAGCCACGUACAUUAACAAGUCUCUGUCGUUCCUCGAGCAAAUCGUCAUCGCCCUGGCUGAUCCGAAGAGGGACCACAUCCCCUUCCGACAGAGCAAGCUCACUCACGUCCUCAAGGACUCGCUGGGGGGAAAAUGCAAUACUGUCCUAGUGGCAAAUAUCUGCGGGGAAGCUUUGCACGUAGAAGAGACUUUGUCUUCUCUUCGUUUUGCUACCAGAAUGAAAUGGAUCACAACAGAGCCAGUCAUCAAUGUGACAUGUGACCCAGAGGAGACAGUGAGGGCUUUGGAGAAGGAGAUUAUUCUUCUGAAGCAAGAACUGGCUAUGCACAACAACCUGGUAAAUCGAUCUUUGGUGACUUACGACCCUCUGACUGAUGUCCAGAUAGCAGAGAUUAAGUCUCAAAUCCACAAAUACCUACAGGGAGCCAUUGAUGAAAUUGAUAUAAUGAAUAUCAGGCAAGUCCAGGAGGUAUUUAAGCAGUUCAAGCUGAUUGUAAGGCAACAGGAACACGAAGUGGAAGCCAGAUUACGAAGCAAGUAUGCUCUAAUAGACAAAAAUGACUUUGCUGCUAUUGCUGCUGCUCAGAAGGCAGGAGUGGUCGAUGUGGACCGCCAUUUGAUGGGGAAAAAGGACGGACAGGAAUUUGGGACUAGAACGACUCCUGUUUCACCCAAACCUGAUGGGAAGAAGAAGAAAUCCAGGAAGAGCAGCGAGCAGUCCAAGAAGGAAGGAACUAGGAGCCACCUUUCUGGGAGAGAGCUGGGUGCUCCUUUACCAUCCAAAAGUCAGGUAACGAUUCCCACCAGGGAUUUGGACGUGAAGGAGAGAGCAAGGAGCGAGGAUACAGCAAAUAUUGAUGUGCAGCCCUCGAAGCCAGCCUCUGCGGAAGGUUCCCAGCGGCCCAGCUCCCCUCCGUCGAAGCCGGUGGCGUUUGAGCAAUUCAAGGAGGAGUGUGGAAGUGAGAUCAACCGGAUCUUUAAGGAGAACAAAAGCAUCCUCCUUGCCAGGAAGAAGAGAAGCAGUACGGUGGCCCGGAGGAUCAACUUCAUCAAGCAGGAGAUGGAGGACAUCAAAAAGGCUCUGGAGGCCCAGAGGCAGGAGCGGUGGCAGCAGGGGGAGUACGUCGAUGAGAAAGGACACCUCAUAAUUGACGAGGAGGAGUUUUUACUCAUCAUGAAGAUGAAGGACCUGAAGGAGGAGUACAGGUCGGCUUACGCUGAGCUGCAGGACCUGAAGGCAGAGAUCCGGUACUGCCAGCACCUGGUGGACCAGUGUCGGAACAAACUCAUCGCAGAGUUCGAGAUCUGGUACAGUGAGUCCUUCCUCAUCCCCACCUACGUGCAGAAAGCUCUGAAGCCCGGUGGCAACAUCAGGCCUGGAAUGAUUCCCAUCAACAGAGUUACGUGCCUGGAGGAAGACGAGCAGGACAGAUUUGAGCGGAUGCAGGAGACGACGCUGCCAGCCGGCCCGGAGUCAGCCUCGUUCUACAAGGCGAAAAUGAGGAGCGAUCAGAAGCACACGUACGCUAGAACCAUGUCGUCCCUUGGGCAAAUGCGCAAGAAGCCCGGGCACAUCACAGCUGCCGGGAGUAAAGCCCCGUCGUCUCUGCACCUCACGUAGCAGGCUCGGCCUCGGGCGUUCAACACGAAGGGGACAAGCAACGUCAGCUCAGAAAGCACCCCGCGUUCCUCUCCACAACAGGUUCCUCAAAAAUAAACAGUCGGAAAUUAAAACAAACAGCUUGCUUUUGUGCAGCUAGACUGACGGCUAUCGGUGAGCAGGCCCGUCGCGCAGGCAGGAAGCAAGGCAGGGCGCUCAAACAGUCUCUGCACGACGCGGUGUCAUGGCAGAGAGGUGUUACAACACCUUGCACCGCCUCUGCCCUCUCUCCCCGAGGCGGGGGCCUCCCAGGCUUGCCCUCACCUUGGCGGCUGUGAGCGUCAAGUCGCACCUUUGCUGCUUUGAUGCUCCCAGGACGGAUCCUGACCGAACUGGGGCAGAGCCCUUGGGCUGAAGCAAGCCCGGGGCACUUCCCCCUGCAGGCUGUGCUGGAGGGAGAGGGACCCCGAGGGGCGCAGGCGGUGCAGCAGCAGAGAAGCGUUGCCACCCGUUGAUGAGCAUUAGCCAUGGCAUUAUUGAUUUAGGGCAGCCUCCGCUCCCAGUCCUCGGUGCGGCAGGAGAAUAGGGCAGCGGUUGCCCAGUGCUUUCCGGGAAGGUAAUUCCGCUCCAGGGUGAGAUCACGGUGCCCAGCAACUGGAAAGCUCCAGAGGAUAUCGUGCUGCUGUCGCCUUCACGUGCGGAGCAGGGCGUGCUGAGGGCCUGGGCCUCCUGCUUGCAGCACCUCCAGGGACCCCGCGUGCGCUCUCGGCACCGCUCGCAGCAGCAGAGCAUUUACAGCCCGACCCCGUCACAGCACAAGGACCUGGCAAAGGGAGAACCCCCCCCCCCCCAAGCUGAACGAACUGUGGGCUCCGGGUGCCCUACUCACCCAGGACAGUGGAAAAUGCAAGAGGUUGACUCCAGCACCCAGCCCCUCUACAUGUGCCAGGGAAAUCUGCGUACAAAACAUCCCGCCGGGAGAGUCCCAUCUCCUGCUGCUGCUGCGAGCUGUUAGCGACCGCAUCGGUGGUGCUGGGACAGAGC